AUGGAAACUUAUGAGAUUGACGCUCUUAUCCACAACAUCUUGACCUCUGUGGAGAAUAAAUCCCAUCCUUUCCAGAACUCCGUUCAAGUCGAGAUGUUAUACAGUCUUAUAGAGCAAACAAAAGGAGAAUUGUUUGAAGAGGACUCAAUACUCCAUUUAGACGGCGAUUUUUACGUAGUUGGAGAUAUACAUGGAAAUGCCAAUGAUCUUAUCCGUAUAUUACAGACCUGCGGCUAUCCCCCAGAUAAAAAGUAUUUAUUCUUGGGAGAUUAUGUCGACAGAGGAAAUAACUCACUAGAAGUUAUUUGCCUCCUCUUUGCCCUCAAGUGUAGAUACCCAAACUGCGUUUAUUUGCUUAGAGGAAACCAUGAAAUUGAAAGAAUUUCAAAUACAUACGGAUUUUAUGACGAAGCGAUGUACAAGUUCAACCAGACCCUAUAUAACGAGAUAACAGAUACAUUUAACUUCUUACCUUUCGCCGCCAUCGUGAACAAAAAUAUUUUCUGUGUCCAUGGCGGAAUUGGCCCUCAUGUUGACCUUAUAGAUAGCAUAUCUCUUGACGAGAAGCCAGAUGACAUAAUAGGAGAAAACGUUUACGUAGAUUUCCUUUGGUCCGAUCCGAAAAAUGUUCCUUUAGAUUUCAUCCAGAGCAAGCGCGGAAGCGGUUACUACUUCAACUCCAAUGCUCUCUCGAGGUUCUUGGAGAAGAAUAACUUCAAAACUUUGAUUCGCUCUCAUGAAAUGUGUAAAGACGGAAUGCACAGGCCAUUUAACGAUGACAAAUGCAUUACAGUAUUUAGCAAUACAGAUUACUGUGGAAGAAAGAACCACGCAGCUGUUGCUUUCUUAUCUAAAGAUAAAGAAAUUGAAUUUAAGAAAUUCAAGUAUAUCUCUCCAAAGGAAAACAACACCUUCCACGUAAUACUUCCAAACUGGCUAAUGGAUGUUAAAUCGACCAAGUUUUUGGACUCUUUGACACAUUCUACGAAUUCGGAUAUGGAAUCUCCCGAUGCAAACGAAAUAGAAUAUCAUAACUCUCUAUCUUUGUUGUUGUAA